AUUUCUUCUUCUCAUCCCUUUUGCUAUGACGGAAAACACGAAUUAAUGUGGAUUUUGAUUAGUUUAUAACAUAGAAACGCAUAGGAAGUUGAAUAAUUAGUGCUCACGUCAGUCAAAGGGGAGAAAGCAAGGCGGACGACAUGCAGGCGAAGGGAAUGCUGGCCGGUUUUUCGGCUCUUUUGCUCUUGAGCACCUGCUCGGCGCUGUACGAAGACCAGAUCAAAAAGUUCGACUGGCGAGGUGUGAAUGUGGGUGCUUUGCGGCAGUCCCGCGUGGACCUGAACCACUUUCAACCGCGAAUUCUGGUCAGCACGAACGAGGGUGUCGUGGCCAGUGUCUGCGUGAAGACCGGUGAAGUUGUAUGGCGUCAGGUGCUAGAGCAGAAACCGCGCGGCGAUAUCAAACUUCUGCAGGUGAGCGGCUUCUCGGACGAUAGCAGUGAUACGGCCGCCGCUCCUAUUGGCAGCAACCUGGGCUUCGAUAUGCUUACCGUUCAGGGACAUGCGCCGGCUCUGGUGCGCGGUUGGAACACCAACAUGGGCGCCCUAGAGUGGGAGUGGUCCACUAUGCCGCUGAACACUGAGCGGGCCCAGGAUGGCUUAUGGCUUUACAGCAAAUCAGUGCUGUACCACGUGGUGCCGACCUGGAAAAGCCACUUGGAAGUUACCGCCUAUUUUGCCAGUUCGGGCCACAGCACUGGAAGUACUAGCAAGGUAAUGGCCUCGUGGAUCACGCCAGAGAGCUGCCUACUCAGCGGUACGUACUACAUCUGCAUAGAUGGCAAGCAGUUGAUUAGCCUGGAUCUGGUGUCCAAGAGUGCCCAGGCUUUCCGAACAGCGCUCAUAGCAGAACCAAAGAGCAAACUGCAGCCCUUGGCGGGUCUCAAUGGCGUGGUGAUUGCGGAUGGAAAACUCAUCAGUGUCAAUAAGGACCAAGCCGUCUGCGGAGAUUUGCAGAGCUCCAGUUACGCAGUGGGCAGCUUCAACUAUCGCAAGAUCCUGGCCUAUGCAGAUGUUACUUCUGGAAUUCUCAAGAUCAAUGCCGUUUACCUGGAUAACUGCUCGCCGGCAGUCGAACUAGAGCAAAGUUUGCCCUUCCCCGAACACUUUGGCAGUCCAUCGUUGAAUAGCUUCGACUGCAAGCUGAAACGCAAUGGAGAGGGCAAGGGCUGCCUGUUCCUGUUCAGUACGAGUGCCGAGUCUAUUCUGGCCGUGCAGCAAGGCCGCAUCCGCUGGUCGCGCGAGGAGGCCCUGGCUAACGUAAUUGAUACGCAGUUUGUGGAUCUGCCGCUGGCCGAUACCGAGGGGACACUGGAGAAUGAGAUGAAAGGCAAGGCUGUGGAUUUCACAAGUUUCGAGAGAGAUAUUGUCAGCGCGUUUUUGCGACGCAUCACUACACAAAUUGUUCAAAUCCGAAGCUUGUUCCUCCAUGUCAUCGGUCUUGGUCCACCACCAACGGCCACUCAGCGAGCUGGUCUGGUCCGUGAUUCCUUCGGCCUCCACAAAAUGCUGGUUGUGCUGACACGUUCUGGAAAAAUAUUUGGUAUUGACAACAUCUCCGGCAAGCACCACUGGCAACUGUAUCUACCCAAUGUGAAAGGCUUUGACAAUGCCGAGCAGAUGCGUCUGAUUGUCCAGCGAUCGGCCAAGCACUUUCCCCUCCAGCCACUCUGCACCAUUUUGGCCAAGGAUGCUGUAACUGGCAACGGAGUGCUCUAUCGCUUCAAUCCCAUCACAGGCCAAGCCUCUGAGGGCGGUCUCCUGCAGCUAGACUACAAAGUCAAGCAGCUGUCAUUGUUGGGCGAGACUGAAAAGGACUUUGUCAAGGGAAUUCUCUUAUUGGAUGCCUCUAACAAGGUCCAUGUAUAUCCUCAGCAUGCCACUUCAUUGGCCGAUGGCUUAUAUCUCUACACAGCCGAUGUAAAAACCUCUGAGUUGACUGGGUACUUUGUGAAAUAUGCGGGCGGGCAACUAUCGAGCACGCACAUUUGGAACGUACGCUUGGGCGGCCACAAUUCUGAGCAGCAAAUUAUCGGCAUGGCCGGCAAGAAUCCCAUUGAGCAUGUCCACUCGCAGGGACGUGUGCUGGGGGAUCGUUCGGUGCUGUACAAAUACAUCAAUCCCAAUUUAGUGGCAUUCGUAACCCAGGCGCCGGAUGCAACCCAUAAAUCUAUUCUUAAUUUGUAUCUGGUCGAUGUGGUUUCUGGCUCUGUAAUUUUCACGAUGACGCAUCGCAAGGUGCGGGCUCCAUUGAGCAUCGUCCACUCGGAGAACUGGCUGGCUUACUCCUAUUUCAACGAGAAAGUACGACGUACAGAGAUUACCACCAUUGAGCUGUACGAGGGCAAGUCCCAGGCCAAUAGCAGUGUUUGGAGCUCCCUGCAGGCGCCACCAAUGCCACUGGUAGAGCGCCAGUCUUAUAUCAUCCCAACUAUAGUCGAGGCUCUGAGGGAAACGAUCACAGAGCGCGGAAUUACCAAUAAGCAUGUGCUGAUUGGCACCUCCAGUGGUUCUAUUGUGGAAAUGCCGUGGCAUUUGCUGGACCCCCGCCGUCCCAUCGCCUCCACGACGCAAGGGCGGGAGGAGGGAGCUAUUCCCUACAUACCCGAGUUGCCUUUGCCUACGGAGAGCCAUAUAAAUUAUAACCAGACGAUCGCGCGCCUGCGUAAUAUUUACACAGCGCCCAGCGGUCUGGAGAGUACCUGUCUAGUCGUCGCCACGGGCUUAGAUUUGUUCGUUACGCGCGUGGCGCCAUCAAAGACGUUCGAUUUGUUGAAGGAAGACUUUGACUACAUUUUAAUUUCCAUAGUGCUAGUCGCGCUCACAUCGGGUUCGUUGAUUGUUAAGCAUUUAGCGUCGCGUAAAUUGCUCAAACAGGCGUGGAAGUAGGCGUGGCAUUAUUACAAAAUAAUUGCUUUAUAUAAAUAUACAAUUUUACUGCGACCAAAAAUUCAACAAGCGAGAGGACGGAAUAAAGAGCAAACGGAGCGAAAAAGCGAAGAGAAUAUUGAUAUAUUAUAACAUAAUUUUGGUAGCCGCAUUACAUACCAUAAUGCAAUUGAUAAACCCCAUUUCUCAACGCUAAGCCUAGGCAAUUAUUUAUAAAUAAUUAUAUAGAGUUAAAGUCAGAUAAUUAUAAUUAGCUGUUGAAAAGGUUUUCAUUGCAUUUUUGUGUUCCUUAAUUUGUGUACGUUUCAAUUUCCAUUUAUGAAAAAUAUCAGCAUUGAAAGUGAGUGUUUGAAAAGUGUAGUUAAUAAAAGCAUUUGUAAAGGAGGAUAAAGGUAACAAUAAAAAAGAAGUUUUUCAUCAAUUUAAAUUA